AUGGGAAAAAGACGGUGCUCACUGGAAGAUGUGCUCUCAACAACGUGCGCGGCGUGCAAUGAAGGCUUCGACACUAUGCAAGGUCUCUCGGCGCACCAGACCAUGAGCAAGAGAUGCGCCUGGUACAAGAAGGGAAAAUUAAGAGAAAUAUUCGACUUUGACAAUUUCGAUUCUUCCAGUGAUGAUGAACGCCUUGAGGUUGUGGGACGCACCCCCAUCAAUUCAUCCGUGUCUUCAGAUGAAGACCCAGAGGAUCAAUCAGACAUAGGAUCCACAUUCGACUUCAUUGAGGUCUCGGCACCAAGACAGCAAGGUGCCUCUAGCGUUGCCAGACCGUCUUCGAGGGCCUCCAGACGAAACACCCUCGCUUUGGACGACAAUGAGGACAGAAGAGUGGAAGAUAUCGAUAUGAACGCGGCAACGGUGAUCCGAACGAAUGAAGACAUACGGAGGAGCUGGCUGGAUCAGAGGGAGAGGGAGAGGGAGAGGGAGGCGCAACCACCAGACAAAGACCAAGAACAGACCGAAGAUGAGGCAGAAACCGCAAACCCUUGGGCGCCGUUCCAGUCCGAGAUGGACUGGAGGUUCGCGUCUUGGGCGGUUCAGGAGGGCCUCAGUCAAUCCUCUGUAGACAGAGUCUUGGAAAUACCUGGGUUUCAGGAAAGGCUGGGUCUAUCCUAUCACAAUUCACGUGUGCUGCUUCAACGAGUAGACUCACUUCCGGAGAGGGCCAAGUGGAAAGAGAGGUGGCUGAGCUUCAAGGAUCGACCUGACGAGAGGCACUUGGUACAGUUCCGCAACAUAAUCGAGGCGAUACGGACCUUAUUGGGCAAUCCUGCCCAUGCCGAUCAGAUAGUCUAUCGACCACGUCGUAUAUUCAGCGACUCAUCCCGAACUAGUCGCAUCUACCACGAGAUGUGGACUGGACGGUGGUGGCAUGCCGUGCAGGUGAGUUUUCUUUUUACUGUACUUUAG